AUGGCACACCACGCGACAGAGAAUGACUCAGAGUCAUGGAACCCGGCAUUGCGGCCCGAGAAUAAUAACACACCUGUUGCGAUUUCCUCCACACGGAGUGAACUGUCGGACCCGAUAGCGGCGGAGCAGCCAAAAGACGAGUCCUUAGCCGAUAUCAUAUCCCCACAAAGUCAGGAUAUUUCUGCGUGGGAUAUGUCCGAUGAGGUAGACGCGACCAAACCUCCGUCUACGAGCAUGGACAUCCUGAUGAACAAUGCAUCACCAGUGGUAAACCACGCCGCAUCCUUGAACACCGACUCUGCCGAUAAGGGCAGUCAAAUCCUUGACGACAAGAUUGACUCAGUUACUAGCACUGUCACACCGUCCGGUGAAACUACCGAUGCCGCGUUGAAUCCCACCUGGCCGUCAACCCAACCUGAGGCGGCCGAGCCAGUUCAGACUGAGGCAUUCUCUAUUGAAACCGCAGAUACGGUCACUGAUAAAGACGAUUCACCCUCCGCUAAUACACAAAUCUCACAUGAUGUUGCCCCCACCGUUUCUUCCGAACAAGAAACCGCUCCGGAGUCGACAUUUGUGAGCGACAGUACACCCUUAAAGGAAGAGAACUCAGCGGCAGCCGAACAUUCAUUGGAUACACUUGAGCAUGAAGACAUCCCUCAGUCAAGCCCCUCCGAUGAGCUAUUCCCACAAUCCAAUGAAGAAAACCCCGGCUCCGAAGAUCCAUGGGCCAGCUUCGAGAAGGACAUUCGCAACACGCUGCCGUCCCCCGAAGAGACUACGUCUCCUAUCGAAAAUACUCAAACCAUCUCGGAACUCGCCUCGACAUCUGCUGAACCAACGUUUGUCGAAGAAUAUUUAGAUCCCUCGGCGGAGGAAAGUGCAAACACAGGCACUGCAUUGGACGAGGAGAGCAGCGAUGUUAUCAAUUCCACCGAAAAGGCUAUAGUUCCGACCGAAAAUGGGUUAUCUGAUCUCGAGUUUCCCUCAAUGAAUCUCGGGGACGAGAAACCCGACGAGGCAAGCAGAGUUUCAGAGGUGUCUAGACCGCCCGACGACGCCCAUCCAGAUGCCAUCACAACGGGAGAGGGUGCAAGCUCUCAGGCUCAGCCGCUUUGGGUAAACGAGACGAGCGGUGAAGUCAACUCCGAUGAAGACGAUUUCUUUGACCAGCUCAAGACGCAGACCAAGCCUAUAUUUGCCCCGCCGGAAGCUGAGUCCAGGUUCGAGGAAGGGGUCCCGCAAUUGGGUGAAUCUGCACCAGCUUCACCUCAAAAUACACUCGAAGGUGGAGAGUCUAUCGAUAACGUGUUCUCAAACGACGGGGAUGAUGUAGAUAGCUUCUUCAACUCUGGCCCACAGCCGGCGGCUGAGACAGAUGGCGAGGGCUUUUUUGGCUCUAUCACACGGGAAGAAGCAGUGGAGGAUCCAGUUGUUCAUCUCGCCCGGAAAAGCACCUCACAGGUGUUGGAAUCGGCUGGUUUUGCUCUUGACUCCCCAGUUAGUGACGCUUCGGCUGCAGCACAACUUGAUGAUGUUCUGAAGGCUGCGUCGUCGCAACCACAAACAACGGCCGAUCCCUCGGAGGAGGACCUAGCCGCACGGUGGGAAGCUGAACUAGCUGAUUCACCAGAUGAUGACCUGGCUGCUCGUUGGGAAGCGGCGUUAGAUGAUGACGAUAUAUUGCUAGAGGUGGAAGCCACGCAGUCUGUCCCUGCUCAGGAGCCUGCUUACCAAACCCCUGUUCAGCCGACCAACGUUGAUUUGUCUGGUGGCUUGAACAGUCCAUUCCAGACCCCUCAGCCUCAUUCUCAACCAAGGGCCGUUCCCAGCAUAUAUACACCCCAUCAACCGUCAACUGGUGAUCUAUUGCAGGGGAUUCCCCUGCCAGGAAGCGAGGCGCCAACCACAGCAGCCAUGCCAUCAUACUUCUCGCAACCGCCACAAAACCCGGUAUCAAGCAGAGGGGAGAGUUUUGCUGAGCGGUCUAAAGAAGGCUAUAAAUCUCCUUAUGACCUUCCGGAUGAUAUCUCCCGUCCGCGGAAGCCAGCCGUCUCCCACAAAGCUGUUCCUCUGGCUGUGACUAAUAUGCCUCCCCCUCCUCCCCCGGCUUCUGGCCUGUCGAUCCCUUUGAAUUUCUACGAAGAACUCCCUAUGGCGCCACCAAGAUCUCGGCCUGCUAGCUCAGGAAGAUACACUCCUAACCCACAGGCGGUUCCGACAAUGACUGGGACAUCUCUUUCUUCCCCGCCUCAGGCUCAAUAUUCCCCAGCAGCUCCACCACCAGCCUCGCAGCCUCUUGGUCUGCCCAUCCAAUCCACACUUCAGUCACCCGAAAAGCUGGAUCCGUACGCAAGCUUAGCCUCGAGUGCCUCAGCUGGUCCACCCGCCAUUGCGAGGUAUUCUCCACAACCUCCUAGCUCACAAGCACCAUCAAAUCCGCCUUCGUUGCCGAGAUAUUCUCCUGCGCCCCCUCCUGCCUCUUCGGUUCGUAAUCGUUAUGCAUCACAGCCACUCGUUGUUCCUGGCCAGAAUUUGCCUUUCCAGCCACGAACCUCCAGUCCGCUUGCACAUCAUGAGAAGCUUUCCUACCAGCCCGAUCAAUCGCACAAGCCGCCAUCCCUGGAGCCUGCGAUCAAUUUGUCUCCGCCGCGCGUACAAGCCGCCGCAUUUGAGGCCCAACCUAGUGCUCCGCAGUAUCUCAAUGGCUCUGCUAGCAUAGAAUAUCUUAAUGAAUUCGCCCAACGUCUUGCGCCCGCUUCAGAAUCUUCACCGCCGCCGGUGGCACCGAAUGCGCAUAUGGCUUCACCACCGAACGAUAUUCAGAUGGCUCCCCUCCGCAGAUCUCAGACCCAGUCACCUGGCCGGGAAAUCCUGAGCCCACGUUCAUAUGGACAGAACAUCGAUCCUCUCCAACGGCCAGCCUCAGUGCAUGUUACAGGCUCGCCAACUAAAACCGCGAGUGCGUAUGCGCCUAUGCAGGCUGUCUCUCAACCCCGUGCUCCGACCCAACACUUGGAAUUUAUCCCUCCCAAUGAUGGACAGCAGCACGAUCCUUUGGGGCGAUGGAAGGGUGCUCCAAUUUUCAAAUUCGGAUUCGGUGGAUCCAUGGUAUCUUGCUUCCCUAGACAUACCCCUCGCUACUCAGCCGGUCAAAUGGCACCGAUGAUCCAACCGACCCCUGGUGAACCGAAAAUUUUGCAGUUGAAUGAAGUGCUACCCUCUGUUGAUACUAUUGUCCAGCAUCCUGGCCCGUUGAAGGCAAAAUCCAAGAAAAAGGACUUGGUUGCAUGGCUUUCCAGCAAGAUUGCAGCCUUCGAAAACUCAAGUCUUCCUAGUUAUGAGCAAGUUCGAUUGGAUACCCACAAGCGCCACGAAGAAAAAACCCUUUUGUGGAAGGUUGUGAAGCUUCUUGUUGAGAAUGACGGUAACCUGGAGAGUUCUCCAGAAGUCCAACAAUCUCUCCGCCAGGCCAUCUUCCCCAAUCUACCCGCGGCGGACGCAGAUGGAUCAUUCACUAGCAGCUUACCUGUCUCGGGGGUAUUUUCGUCUUCGGAAACGCCCUUGCAGCCUGAUGCAGUUGACUCUCAAUGGUUAGAAGAACUUCGACUGCAUUUGAUCUGCGGUGAUCGUGAGAAAGCCGUCUGGAGUGCUGUCGAUCGUCGUCUCUGGGGCCAUGCGAUGAUCCUUGCCUCCACCAUGGAUAGAUCGAUUUCGAAACAAGUCACGCAGGAAUUUGUUCGCCGCGAAGUCAGAUCUAAGACAGCAAACACCGAGUCACUUGCAGCUCUUUACGAGAUCUUCGCUGGCAAUAUUGAAGAAAGCAUCGACGAGCUUGUGCCUCCAUCGGCUCGAGCAGGCUUACAAUUGAUUAGCAAGUCUGAUGGCCAGGGCUCUACUAAAAACGCCCUGGACGGUUUGGACAAGUGGAAGGAGACUCUGGGAUUGGUUUUGAGCAAUCGAAGCUCUGAGGAUCACCAGGCACUUCUUGCUCUUGGUCGCCUGCUCUCAUCUUACGGGCGAACGGAGGCAGCUCAUAUUUGCUACAUCUUCUCGCGUGCUGCUGUUUUCGGUGGUCCCGAUGAUCCACAGGCCAACAUUGUUCUCCUUGGUGCUGAUCAUCAGCGCUGCCCUUCGUCCUUACUGAAUGAAGAUUCUAUCUUGCUUACUGAGGCCUACGAGUAUGCUGUCUCUGUCCUUGGCAACUCUCCGACGGCCCAUCUCCCACAUCUGUUGGCAUUCAAGAUCUUGAACUCCAGGUGUCUCGUUGACCAGGGUCGCAAUCUAGAGGCGCAAGCCUACUGCGAGGCAGUGGCAGCGGCCUUGAAAGCGACCACUCGCCCCUCGCCUUAUUAUCACCAACAUCUCUUUGCUGAAGUUGAGGAGCUUUCCGCGCGUCUGCGGCAAACAACCAGUGACAGCGGCUCUUGGAUCUCGAGGCCGAGCAUGGAGAGGGUUUCGGGUUCAAUGUGGGCUCGUUUCAACAGCUUUGUCGCAGGUGAUGACAGUGAUGGUGCAUCGACUGGAUCCGGAAAGGGUGGCGAGCAAGGUGAAUUUGGUCCUUUCGCAAACGUGGCUGGGACCCCUACGAUCAGCCGUUCCCCGUCUGUGUCUGAUAUCUACGGUUCCUAUCCUGGAGUUGGAGCACAGCCCAUUCAUACUAGUGGCGGAUCGAAGUAUCACCCAUCUACUCAAUAUGCUCCCAACGCCUCCCCAGAGCAGUUCAAGGGUCGAUCUUCGCUAGAUUCUCAGAGAUCUGUUUCUUACUUCCCGCCCGUUGGACAGCGCCGCAGCUCACAGGAACUCUCGCCCUCCAUUGAACAACAGAUGUCCUUUGUGGCUCCCGUGUAUGGGUCACCAAAUGCGCCUGCGUACCAACCAACACCGCCUCAGUCAUCUUACGUUCCCCUUGCUCCGGUAGAAGAAGCUUUAUCACCCAAUGAGGGCCCUCCAGCCGCACAGCCUAUGGUAAAUGGCCUUUUCUACCAGCCUCCAGCACAGGCUGCCGCCCCCAGCGAGUCUCCCUAUUAUCAAGGUCCCCCUGGUAUGCCAGCUGGUAUACCAGCCUCUGAGUCGCCUUACGCACCUCCAAUCCCGACCUCCUCUUAUGAGCCUGUUAGUGCCGGUGUGGAAAUGGGCGAUGUGCCCCAUCAGGAGGAGAAUAUGUCACCUGCCAUGGAGCAGCCGAAGAGGAAAUCGAUCAUGGAUGACGACGAGGACGAUCUUGCUGCCCGGGCUGCGGCUCUCCAGAAGGCCGAGAAUGAUCGCAAGGCAAAUGAAGCGUUCGCGAAAGCUGCCGAGGAAGAUGCUAAAAAGGGUCCCCAGACAUCUGGCAAGAAGGGCUGGUUUGGCGGCUGGUUUGGCGGAGGCAAGAAGGAUGAAAACCACUCCGGUGGCGGUCCCAUCCGAGCCAAACUGGGCGAAGACAGCUCGUUUUACUAUGACAAAGAUUUGAAGAAAUGGGUUAACAAAAAGGAUCCCAAUAGUAGUGCGCCUGUCCGUUCUACCCCACCCCCUCCUCGCGUAUCCGCUCCCCCGAGCCGGACUGCCAGCUCAGGCAGCAUGCCACCAAAUGGGGCGCCUUUAAUGCCCCCAAUGCCGCCGAUGUCGGGGGCUGGCAGCGGCCCUCAAUCUUCUUCAAGCGCGGCCUUGCCCCAAUUGUCCUCCAGCCCAGGCAUCUCAGGUCUCGCGCCUCCUCCUUUCCCUCGCUCUGUUUCUACAGGGGCGGCUAUGCCAACGCCACCUAGCAGUUCCGGCGGACCACCACUGCGACCAUCGUCGUCCUUGACUCAUGCCAGCUCGAUUGACGACUUAAUCGGAGCACCUCAGGCGCGCAAGGGCAACGCCGUCCGCGGUAAGAAAAAGGGCCGUUAUGUUGACGUGAUGGCCCAAUAA